ACAAAAUAAUGACGAUACUGAGGAUAAGACGGUGCCAGACACCUUGGAAGAUCGCCUGUUUCUUGAGCCUGCUCUGUGUGAUAGUCGUGUCCAUGAUACUCGCAACUUGUUUUAGUGAAACCUUCAUCAUAUCGUUACCCCGGAAUUACUCGGUCCUGAGUUCGGAUACCAAUGAGCCAGAAAUUACUCUGGUGGAUAUAGAGAGGGAAACCCCUGGGUCAGAGGGGUCACUUGGGUCUGAUGACCCCCGGGGACACUGGCAGGUCAAGGCAGGGGGUCGAAGCGUUGCCUCAUAUCAGUAUACAAAUGUCCGUAAAGACACAUCAGCACUUGCUCACCAAGACACACAGGAGGGGAAUUCAGAAGACACACCUGAUAAUAAUAGACCCGACACACCAAAAGACACCUUUGUAUCUCCAUUCAUCGUUUACAAAGAUCCUCGAUUUUCAUCUAUAACCAGCUUACAGAACACCACGAACUUGAAGCUAAAUAUAGAACAGUACAUGCGCAGACAGACCGGAACUAGCAGCUUCAGCUCCAACCCUUUAUCCCGUAAUGAGAAAUUCAUCGUGAAAGAGCCGGGUUCGAAACCUGUUCGGGCUAGGACGUUCUCUAUCGUGAUGCCGUGCAACAACACCAGACGGCCGUGCUUCUACGCCACGGUGCUGCACCAGCGCGGCUGUCUGAUGACGUCAUGCACGUACACGUCCGACUGGCGGACUGCAGACGUCCUGGUGUUCAUUCCCUUCAAAGUCUACCAGGACAAAUCGCUGCCAGAGUUCACAAGACCACCUGGACAGAGAUGGGUCAUGAUGACCCCAGAGGCGCCGUGUCGCGCCGGAAAUUUCCGGUCUUUGAAUUUCACACAGUUUCAUGGUCAGUUCAACUGGACCUUGACCUUCCGCCUAGACUCAGACAUCCCCCAGCUGUACGGCACGCUCGAAAGACUUUACGACGUCCCCAAGAAAAACUACGACCAAAUUUACUCGUCUAAAACCUUCCAGGCCGCAUGGUUCGUCAGCCAUUGCAGAACCGGAAGUUUGCGCGCGCAGUACGUGGAGCGCAUGAGAUCAAUCCUUGACGUCCACAUCUUUGGCAGAUGUGGGGACGGGAACCACACCUGCGUGAAGGGAACAAACCUGCGACAGGCUGACAGUGACAUAUGCCUGCCGAUGCUAACACAUUCCUAUUUUUUCUACCUGGCGUUCGAGAAUUCUUUCUGUAAAGAUUACGUCACGGAGAAAUUUUUCAAACUUUUCCACGACGUUGACGUCAUACCGGUCGUCCGGGGCGGAGCAGACUACAAAAGUUUUUUCCCGCCCAAAACUUUUGUUGACGCGGCGGACUUUGAUACACCGGAAGAGCUGGCCGUGUAUUUGCGGAAGUUGUCGCAAGACAAACAGCUGUACCUGCAGAUGCUGGAAGAAAAAAACAAAUACCGGACCGUGCCGGAGGUGCCGUGGACGUGCAACUUGUGCCGGAAGAUGAUGCAAGACUCCAGUGUACAGUGGUACCCGGAUAUCUGGAGUUGGUACGUGCAAGACCAGUGCCACAACCCUAAGACGGUGUAGUUUUGUCUUGGUACG